AAUUCAGCCAAUCUCUGUGUGGGAUGUCUGCGUAAUACCGUCGACAUCACUGCUGAGAUACCAAAAUCUUCUUCCGUCACAUUCUGCAGAGGUUGCGACCGCUAUUCAAACCCUCCAAAUGGAUGGGUACUCGCAGAUUGGGAGAGUAGAGAGUUAUUAGCUAUCUGUCUUAAGAAACUCAAGGGUUUAUCCAAAAUCAGACUCAUAGACGCUGGUUUCGUAUGGACAGAACCACACAGCAAACGUAUUAAAGUUAAAUUAACAGUACAAAAGGAGGUACUCGCAAACACCAUCUUACAGCAAGUUUUCGAAGUCACCUACACUAUUCUCGGUGCCCAAUGUCCAGAUUGUACCAGAAUGGCAGCAAAAAACACAUGGCAAACCUCUAUACAAGUCAGACAAAAGGUUCCACAUAAGCGUACUUUCUUCUACCUCGAGCAACUCAUCUUGAAACAUGGCGCACACAAAGAUUGUGUCAACAUCCUCGAAAGAAAGGAUGGUUUGGAUUUCUAUUAUCUCCAAAGACAGGCUGCAUUGAGGAUGCUCGAGUUCCUCCAGAAUGUUGUACCACUUCGCUAUAAAGCGAGUGAAGAAUUGCUCACAACUGAUGUCCACACGGGUUCAUCAAAGUAUAAGUUCACAUACUCAGUUGAAAUCGUCCCAGUUUGUAAGGACGACUUGGUUUGCUUGCCUAUAAAACUUGCAAGACAAUUCUCAAACAUCUCUCCACUCGUACUUUGUUCAAGAAUAGGUAACUCUGUCCACUUGCUCGAUCCGAUGACUCUUCAUGUCACUGAUGUUACUGCGCCUACAUACUGGAGAGCACCUUUCGAGACUUUGGCAACUGUUGGUGAGUUGGUUGAAUAUAUCGUUUUGGAUAUCGAACCACUUGGUCCUACACGCGGUAAACUCGUUUUGGCAGAUGUACAAGUAAUGAAGGCAUCUGGAGGUGCAUCUGACGAUGAAAUUUUCCACACACGCACUCACCUUGGACAUAUCCUUCAAGCGGGUGAUAGCUGUCUGGGAUACAACCUGAAAGACAGCAAUUUCAACUCUGACAACUUCGAGAGUCUCAACCAGGAUAGGUUACCUGACGUUGUUAUCGUCAAGAAGGCCUACCCUAACAGACGUAAGAAGAACCGUCCACGUCAAUGGAAGCUCAAGUCUAUUGCCAAGGAUGCCGAAGAUUCUAAUGUUGAGGGUGCAUUCGGUAGAGGUGCAUUAGGAAGACGUGGUGGUGUCGACACUGACAAGGUUGAGAAGCAAUACGAGGAGUUCUUGAACGACCUCGAAGAGGAUCCAGAGAUGAGAGCGGGUGUGAAUCUCUAUAAGUCGGAGGAGCAACAGACUAAGGAUGAGAAUGAGAUGGAUGAGAGUGACGGUGGAGAGCUUGAGGAGGACGAGAACCUGCCAAAGAUGGAUGAACUGCUCGAAGAUCUGGAGGAGAUGAACAUAGAGGAUUAG